GAGGAGCCCCACACGCCGCCGGCGCCGCUUGUGUCACCGUCGAGGCCGCCGCGCUCCCUCCGCACAUCUGCACCGGGAUAGCAGGGAGGGGGGGGGGGGACCAAACCAUCUUUUAAAAACACUCUCCCGGAUAUUUACCUCGCUGUUUUUGACCCCCCCACGUCACUAAGACAACUUCCUCGUUGCCGAACGAGGACGCGGCGUCGUUGACUUAUCAGAAAAUGAGUUUCGGGGCGAGCUGGUGAACCAGCGGUGGACACGAGGCGAGAGGACCAGCAGCCGCUGUCAGGCCUCCCUGAGACUGCAGAGCCGUCGAGCAAUCAUGAUGAGUGUAGAAAAUGACGACAAGCGGACUCGCACUCGCUCUAAAGGAAUCCGAGUUCCCAGCGAUCUGGUUGGACAGGAGCUGAGCUGCCCCACGCCUGGAUGCAAUGGCUGCGGUCAUAUCAGUGGCAGAUACUCGCGACACAGAAGCAUUCUGGGCUGCCCCGUCGCCAGAAAGCGCCGCCUGGAGGAGGCGGAGUCGGGACAGGAGCAGGAAGAGGAGCGCUCGGCGUCCAAGAGAAAGUCCCACCCCCUGAAACUGGCCCUGGACGAGGGCUUCAGCGCGGAAAGCGACGCCAGCAGCGAGGCCGACGGAGACGGCGAGAGGGAUGGAGAGAGCAAGGAGGACGAGGAGGAGAAGAAGACCGAGGAAGACCUGACCCCUGGAGAGGAAGAGGAGACGCAGAGUGGACAAGAAGAAGAAGAAACACAGAAGGACACAGUUGUCGCAGCAGAAGAAGACGAGUGUGUCAUCAUCGAGGCGAGGCAGGAAUGUCCCUCGCCCUCCCAGAACGCGGAAGAAGUGGCCAACUCUCUCCUCCACCUCGGCCGAGUGCCCGCCAGCGACGACGGCGCUCCAGCUGCGGCUGUUGCCAUGGAGACUGGGGGGGAUGUCACACUGGCUGCCGAAGAGGGCGAAAAGGUAGACGGGGAGCAAGACGGAGACAUGGCCUACACGGAGGAAGCAGAAGUAGGUCAGGAGAUGGAAGAGGAGGACGCGGGACAGCCUGACCGGGUCCACCAGGAUCCCGCGGCGGACCAAGACCAGGAGACGGCAACGCGGCACAUGUCGCUGACUCCGGAAGAGGACGAAGACGAGGACGUGAAGGAGUCAACUGCCGUCUGCACCAUCACCAGCAUCACAGCAGCUCAGGGAACAAACAUGAAGACCGAAGUCCCCAGGGUCUACAAGGCCCACCAGGACUACAGCCUGACUGGGACCAGUCCGCUGGGCGCGCUCCACAACUACAAGGCCAGCCCACUUCUGAAGUACAUCUCCCACAUGGUCAGUCCGCUGGAGGACUACUCGCCCAACGGCAACUUCCACAUCCACAAGAUGUCUCCUACCGCCUCCCCCGACAUCAUCGAGGUCCACUCCGACAAGUCCGAGGACAAGGACCUGGAGCUAGACCAGGGCGACGACGAUGAGGACAGCCUGUCCCAGCGCUCCGCCGUCACCGACGAGUCGGAGAUGUUCGACAUGACCCGAGGAAACCUGGGCCUCCUGGAACAAGCCAUCGCCCUCAAGGCGGAGCAGGUGAAGCCCGGCGGGCCCAGGGAGCUCCUGGGUGUGUCCGACAUCCAGCAUCAGAGGUACUUCACCUUGGAGGACCGGCCCAAGCACCUGGACGUCAUCAGGAAGAGCUACUUCAAAGAGAGCAGUCGGCCGGAGAAGCGGGAGAUCAAGUGUCCCACUCCGGGGUGUGACGGGACAGGUCACGUGACCGGCCUCUACCCCCACCAUCGCAGCCUGUCAGGGUGUCCCCACAAGGACAGGAUCCCCCCUGAAAUUCUGGCCAUGCAUGAGAAUGUGCUGAAGUGUCCGACUCCUGGCUGCACCGGCCAGGGUCAUGUCAACAGCAACCGCAACACACACCGCAGCCUUUCGGGAUGCCCCAUUGCGGCGGCCGAGAAGCUGUCCAAGAAUCACGACAAGCAGCUGUCCCUGCCCGCCGGUGACCUUCUCAAAGGAAGCCCCAAUGACCGCGUGCUCAGGCCCAUGUGCUUCGUGAAGCAGCUGGAGGUGCCGCAGUACGGCUACCGGCCCAACGUGGCGCCCAGCACGCCCCGCGCCAACCUGGCCAAGGAGCUGGAGAAAUAUUCCAAGGGGUCCUUCGACUACGCCAGCUUUGACGCCCAGGUGUUCGGGAAACGCAUGCUUGCGCCAAAGAUGGCCGCUAGCGAAACCUCACCCAAAGCCUUCAAAACGAAGCCGCCGCAGUUCCCCAAGUCGUCCUCGCCCGGCCUCACCCUCCACGGCUACGGCAAACCCUCCCCCGUGGCCUACGACUACUCCCACGAGGCCGAGGCCGCGCACAUGGCCGCCACCGCCAUCCUCAACCUGUCCACGCGCUGCUGGGAGAAGCCCGAGAACCUCAGCACCAAGGGCCCAACCAAGGAAAUGGACAUCGAGGUGGAUGAGAACGGCACCUUGGACCUGAGCAUGAAGAAGCCCAUCAAACACGAAGGCAGCCUGUCUGGCACCAGCCCGGGCGUCCGCUCGCCGGACCCUUCCUCCUCUUCCUCCUCCUCCUCCUCCUCCUCUUCGUCCUCGCUGCAUCACGGCGGGAGCAGCGGGAUGACAUCACCCAACCUCCUGGGCUACAAGCAGGAGUGGGAGGGGCCUCUGGACUUCACCAAACACAACCGGCAGAGGGAGGAGGAAAUGGACGAGAUGGACCACGGCGGACAGUCCUACCUGUCCUCCGACCCCGAAGACAGCGACUUGAUGCAGGACGGCGUGGAGGACAGGAAGUACCCCGGCGAGGUCACCACCCCAAACUUCAAGAUAAAGUUCCUGCCCAAGGACCCCAAGAAGGAGCUGCUGUCGUGUCCCACACCUGGCUGCGACGGCAGCGGUCACAUCACGGGGAACUACGCGUCUCACCGCAGUCUGUCUGGGUGUCCUCUCGCCGAUAAGAGCCUCCGGUCCCUCAUGGCGGCCCACACCCCUGAACUCAAAUGUCCCACCCCCGGAUGUGACGGCUCAGGUCACAUCACAGGAAACUACGCCUCUCACAGAAGUCUCUCUGGGUGCCCGCGUGCCAAGAAAAGUGGAAUUAAAACUCCUACCAAGGACAACCAGGAGGACUCGGAGCUUUUAAAAUGUCCGGUGCCGGGCUGCGACAGUCUGGGACACAUCAGCGGCAAGUACGCCACGCACCGCAGCGCCUACGGCUGCCCGCUGGCGGCCCGCAGGCAGAAGGAGGGUCUCCUCAACGGGACCCCCUUCAACUGGAAGGCCUUCAAGACCGAAGGACCCACAUGUCCCACGCCGGGAUGCGACGGCUCGGGACACGCCAACGGCAGCUUCCUCACGCAUCGCAGCCUCUCAGGAUGCCCCAGAGCUUUGUAUGCCAAGAAGAAAGCCAAGUUUCCCUCAGAAGAAUAUCUGACCACCAAGUUCCGGGCCAGUGAUGUUCUCGACAGCGACGAGGACAUCAAGCAGCUGAACAAAGAAAUCAGCGACCUCAACGAGUCCAACAACGAGAUGGAGGCUGACAUGGUCAACCUGCAGACUCAGAUCACCUCGAUGGAGAAGAACCUGAUGAACAUCGAGCAUGAGAACAAGAUGAUCGAGGAGCAGAACCAGGCUCUCUUCAUGGAGCUGUCCGGGCUCAGUCGGGCUCUCAUCCGCAGCCUGGCCAACAUACGCCUGCCACACAUGCAGGAGCCGAUCACGGAGCAGAACCUGGACAGCUACGUGAGCACCCUGACCAACAUGUACACCAACAAGGACUGCUUCCAGAGCCCCGAGAACAAGGCCCUGCUGGAGAGCAUCAACAAAGCUGUGAAGGGCAUCAAAGUCUGAGGUGCCCGGACGGGGUCGAAGGGGCCGUCGGCGUUCACACGCGUUGUGAUUCGGCAGCAACAACAACAACAACAACAACAACAAAAGGGAAUUCAGGUUAUUUUAAUAAACACAACCCAGGGAGCAAAUCUGCGUGAAGAAAAAGUGACGAGGACCAAAACCCCAUCAUGCUGCUUCUGGGAUCAGACGGAGGACGGCGCACCGGGACGGGAAGAUUGGUUCUGUAGCAUCCCCCCUCCCCCCCUCCCCCCAACACACACACACACACACACACACACACACACACACACACCAGCAAUACGACGCAUGCACUGACCGGAAUGUUCUAAGGGAAGCAAAGCGGCGAGCUGAUCCAGGACCAGCGCAGGUUGUGUCCAUGUUGGGGGAAAAAAACAAAAAAAACGACAACUUUGUGUUUGUAUUUAUUUUUUUAAAGUCACGGUGUGCUGACAUCAAAGCAUUUCUAUCAUAUUUCUUGUUAUAUAUGAAUUAUUUGUCAAAUUCUAACUUAUUGACAUUUAUGUUAUUGAGGUUUAUUUAUUUGAAUCAAUUUAUUUAUUGACUUUGUAACACUAAAAAAAAAAAAAAAAAAAAAAAAAAAUUAAGCAUCUUUACUGAUUAAUAUGGAAGGCGUCCAUAUUUUGAGAAUCUAUAUUGAUAACCGUCGAGGCUUAUCUUUCUUUUGGAGUACUGUACUUUUUCAAACAAAUGUUUUAUAACAGAAAACAAAAAUUGGGGGAUUUUAUUUCUUUCUUGUUCGUUUUUUCUUAUUUUUUGUUGGUUUACACUACUGAAAAAAAAAGUCAAAGUAUGUAUUUAUUAUUUAUUUAAUAUGAAAGAAAUUGACUGACGGCUGUGUAUUUAUUUUGUUAUUUAUGUGCGUGACGAUGAGAAGUGAGCGAGUAGUCCACUGCUAACAUGGAAAUAAAGAACUCGGCAUGGAUAUUGUUUGAUGACUUAGAUUACUGUAAACGGACUUAUGUUCAUUACUAUACGCAUACUUAUGUUCUUUACUGUACACAGUUUUGUUCAUUACUUAACACAGACUUAUGUUCAUUUCUGUACGCAAUUAUGUUCAUUACUGUACACAGUUAUGUUCAUUACUGUGCACUUAUGUUCAUUACUGUACACAGACUUAUGUCCAUUACUGUACACAUACUUAUGUUCUUUACUGUACACAGUUUUGUUCAUUACUGUACACCGACUUAUGUUCAUUACUGUACAGUUAUAUUCAUUACUGUACACAGUUUUGUUCAUUACUGUACACAGACUUAUGUUCUUUACUGUACACAGUUUUGUUCAUUACUGUACACGGACUUAUGUUCAUUUCUGUACGCAGUUAUGUUCAUUACUGUACACAGGGGUUACAUUCAUUACUGUAAACAAUUAUGUUCAUUACUGUACAGAGACCAAUGUUCAUUAAUGUACACAGUCGUGGCCAUUACUGUACACCAACUUAUGCUCAUUACUGUACACAGUUAUGUUCAUUAAUGUACACACUUAUGUUCAUUAAUGUACACAGUUAUGUUCAUUAAUGUACACACUUAUGUUCAUUAAUGUACGUAGUUAUGUUCAUUACUGUACACAUAGUUAUGUUCAUUGCGGUACACAGAUUUAUGUUCAUUACUGUACACAGACUUAUGUUCAUUACUGUACACAGACUUAUGUUCAUUACUGUACUCAGAUAUGUUCAUUACUGUACAGUUAUUUAUGUUCAUUACUGUACACUGUUAUGUUCAUUACUGUACACAGUUAUGUUCAUGACUGUACACAGACUUAUGUUCAUUACUGUACACAGUUAUGUUCAUGACUGUACACAGACUUAUGUUCAUUACUGUCCACAGUUAUGUUCAUGACUGUACACAGACGUAUGUUCAUUACUGUACACUAAUGUAUGUUUAUUACUGUACACAGAUUUAUGUUCAUUACUGUGCACAAACUUCUGUUCACUACUGUACGCAAACUUAUGUUCAUCACUGUACACAGAGUAAUGUUCAUUACUGUACACAGUUAUGUUCAUGUUUGUACAGUUAUGUUCAUUAAUGCACACAGACUUAUGUUCAUUAUUCCACACAGUUAUGUUCAUUAAUGCACUAAGACUUAUGUUGAUUACUGUACACAGACUUAUGUUCAUUACUGUACACAGUUAUGUUCAUUUUUGUACAUAGUUAUGUUCAUUAGUAUACACACUUAUGUUCAUUAUUGGACACGGUAAUGUUCAUUAAUGCACUUAGACUUAUGUUCAUUAAUGUACGCAGUUAUGUUCAUUACUGUACACAGACUUAUGUUCAUAACUACGCAGACGUAUGUUCAUACACAUAGUUUUGUUCACUACUGUACCCACUUACAUUCAUUACUGUACAUAUAAUUGUGUUCAUUACUGUACACGGUUAUGUCCAUUACUGUAUACAGACUUAUGUUCAUUAAUGUACACAGUCAUGUUCAUUACUGUACAGUUAUGUUCAUUACUGUACACAGACCUAUGUUCAUUACUGUAAACUGUUAUGUUCAUUACUGUACACAGACUUAUGUUCAUUACUGUAUAGUUAUGUUCAUGACUGUACUUGGUUACUUUGAUUACUGUACACAGACCUAUGUUCAUAACUGUAAACAGUUAUGAACAUUACUGUACACAGACUUAUGUUCGUUAAUGUACACAGUCAUGUUCAUUACUGUACAUAGACCUAUGUUUACUACUGUACACAGACCUAUGUUCAUUACUGUAAACUGUUAUGUUCAUUGCUGUACACAGACUUAUGUUCAUUACUGUAUAGUUAUGUUCAUGACUGUACUUGGUUACUUUGAUUACUGUACACAGACCUAUGUUCAUAACUGUAAACAGUUAAGUUCAUUACUGUACACAGACUUAUGUUCAUUAAUGUACACAGUCAUGUGCAUUACUGUACACAGACUUAUGUUCAUUACUGUAAACAGUUAUGUUCAUUACUGUACAGUAAUGUUCAUUACUGUACACAGACUUAUGUUCAUUACUGUCCAGUUAUGUUCAUGAAUGUACUUGGUUACUUUGAUUACUGUACACAUACCUAUGUUCAUAACUGUAAACUGUUAUGUUCAUUACUGUACAGUUAUGUUCAUUACUGUACACAGACUUAUGUUCAUUAAUGUACACAGUCAUGUUCAUUACUGUACAUAGACCUAUGUUUAUUAUUGUACACAGACUUAUGUUCAUUACUGCAAACAGUUAUGUUCAUUACUGUACAGUUAUAUUCAUGACUGUACACAGACUUAUGUUCAUUACUGUACAAUUAUGUUCAUGACUGUACUUGGUUACUUUGAUUACUGUACA